GUGACGAUGGAAGCGUUAUCAGAAGAAUAGCUCUUUAGAUAAUUAUAGUCGAUUACUCUUUCGCACGCACAAACUUUGUUUGCCCUUUUAUGGAAGUUUGUUUGCCACUCUUCGUGCAUUGCCGAAACAAUAUAAAAGCAACAACCGGUCUCUUGGCUGUAGUUAGUUUGUGCUUAACACUUGGAGAUAUUAAGAGUCGCUAAAAUGGAUCGUUGGCAGAAUCGCGUUGCUGUUGUCACUGGUGCGAGUUCAGGCAUUGGAGCAGCUUGUUGCAAAGAUCUGGUGGUCAAGGGCAUGAUUGUGGUGGGUUUGGCACGACGCGAACAACGUCUGCAGCAACUCAAAGAUUCACUGCCCGCGAAUCAAGCAGCUAGCUUCCAUUUCCGCGCCUGUGAUGUGAGCGUGGAGCAGCAGGUCAUCGAUGCCUUCAAGUGGGUGGAUCAGACGCUAGGUGGUGCCGAUGUGCUCAUCAACAAUGCGGGUAUUGUGCGACUGCCACACAUCACGGAUGCGGGCAACUCGGAUGAUCUGCGCGCCACGCUGGACACCAAUGUGCUCGCCGUGUCGUGGUGCACUCGUGAGGCAUUUCAAUCGCUGCAGCGUCGCAAGGUUAACGAUGGCCAUGUGAUCAUUAUCAACAGUGUGGUGGGUCACAAGGUGCCCAUGUAUGGCCUGAGCAUGUAUGCGCCGUCUAAGUAUGCUGUUACCGCUUUGACGGACGUGCUGCGCUGGGAGUUCCUCAAGAAGGGCACGAAGACCAAGAUUACGAGCAUCAGUCCUGGUGUCGUUGAUACAGAAAUCCAUGCGAACAAUUUAAUGGCUGGAGCGCCAAUGCUGCGUGCUGAGGAUUUGGCGGAUGCGGUGACUUACUGCAUCCAGACGCCGCCCCAUGUACAAAUUCAUGAGCUCACUAUCAAACCGGUGGGCGAGCAAUUUUAAAUGCACAAAAAAUAAAUAAAAACCGACAACAAUUUUGCAAAAAAA